UACUAUACUAGUGCUGAAGUUUAGUUGAGUAGUGAGUACUCUUCAUAAGGAUUUGGCCUGAUCAUGAGUACUAAGUGGACAGUGGUGGCUGGGACUGGAGGGAAGAGGGCCCCAACAGCUGCUGUAAAGGAGGCAAACUCAAAGAAAAUAGGUGGUCUACAGGAGUCUACCGGAACCUUUGCCCAGUUCUCCCGUCAGGUUGAGGAAGAAGAUGAGAGUAAGCCACCGCCACCUAAGGAUGCCUCCUCCUCUACCAAGACCAGACAGAAAGUGAGCCCUACCAACAACACUGAGGCCCCUGUCAAGAAGAGAACUAUCACCAAGAAACCAAAGAUUCAGCAGAAAUAUGACUAUGACGAGUUUGUUAGAGAGCUGGACCCCAAAACUCUCCAAAACCUCACCAAAGAGGCUCGUCAGAAGUACCCAAACCAUUCACAGAAUCUGCUCAAGGAGGUGACACAACAGCUGCAGCAGCUGUUUGGAGAUGUGGAGGUGGAGAGAGAGUUUGCCUUCACCAACAGAACACCAGGCUACCCUCUCAACGCUCUAUCUGACCCGUGUAAGAAGCCACUCAUCUCACUGACCCGCUCCUGUCCACCACUGGUACAAGAGAGCAUCUUCAGGUACUGCUUGGACACGCUCCUGACUGAGGUGAGAACCGGGCUACCCACCUAUGGCUCUAGGAUCAUCCUACAACUUCUCAUUAACUGCAAACCAAGCACAUGUACUGAGUGUACUCAGAAGAUCAAGCUACUUUUGCAAUCCAGCCUGAGCAAAGUUCCGGAAGCUCUCUCUCUGUUGUGGGCAGGGUUACCACACCCCCAGCUAUACCUUGUGUCUGCUUUGGAUGCAUGGCCAGAGCUGUGCCUCCCCCUCCUGUACUCUACCCCUAACGUCCCUCGGCAAGUACUCAACUAUGCUGUCGACUACACCUGUGUUCUACUAAGGGUGCUUGAUGAGAGAGGUGGUACUGACCUGGCCUUCAAGCUACCUCCUACCACUUUGUGUGCUCUACUGGCAUCCCCACUGCUCAGUACCAGGAAAAUGCAGACAAAUGUGCAAGAGAUGCUUCAUCAGCUAGAGACAACUCUGAUUGGCUCAUCCUCUGACAGAGAAGUCAAUAGAUACUUCACAGCCGUCUUUAAGAGACUGUCUGAAGACAAGCAAUCAGAGGUGGCUAUUUCCUUUGCGAUGUGUUGUCUCUCCCACUCUGUAUUCAGUGUCCGUAGCUGGUGUACACUGUUCCCCUCUCUCCCCUUUUCCUCUCAAGUCCUCCUCAAGGAACUGGCCGGACAAGAGCAGCUCUCCACUGACCUCCCCCUCCACGAGAUCUCCCUCACACUCUAUCAGAUAGUGGCCAGGGGAAGCCCAGAGGAGAAGACCCUAGCACAGGGUCUUCUCACUCGCCACAACGCUUUGUUUCGUACCAGUCAGAAAAAACAACGUGAGAUUGGUGAAUUGAAGACGCUGGACACAGCAGGAGGGUGGUGUAGUGGGUGUGGCUUCCUCAUCGUACUGCUCAGUAUUGUCUAUCUCGUUCUACUCUCUCUACUACUUCUCCAGCUAGCCAGAACCGGGCCUGGUAAGAUGGUGGAGGUGAUGCAACAGUACGUUCCUGUGAGGGGGGAGUGGUUGAACCAGUGCACUGAUGUCAUGUGGAGGGCCCUGUCCCUGUGUGUACAGCUCUGGGACAACAUGACUAACAAACUACUUGAACUGUUCUAGCUCUAAGAAUAGCGUCUGCAACAACAAAUUUACUCUUAUGUUAUUUGAAUCAGAAUAAUUUAUUUACAAUAAUUAUGUAUACACA